CAAGCAUCGAAGCGAAGAGAAAUACAAAGCGUGUGGCUUUGUGCGUGGGGAAAGACGUAUUUAUCACAGAAUCGGCAAUAUUUUCAAACUUAAGCAUGUGUUGUGAAAACUCCUAGAACAAUCUGGAUUCAAUGAUGUUGGACUUACAGUUAUUUCGUAUACAUUGGCCGAGAUGGAUCGAGCAUAUUGUCAGGAAUUAACGGAAUGUUUGUGGCGAGUGAAUUUUUGAUCUGUGAUCUCGUCCAUAUGACCAGUGCGUAGAGUUUUGGCGCGUUUGGAUUAUAACACACAAUGUCCUGUGCUAAAGUUAUCAGCAGAAAGCUACACGAAAGUUACGAUUCUGAAUGCUUGUACCAGGGAGAGUUCCUACAACUUGACAACGAUUUGCAAUAUAUUCGCCAUGCCCGAAUGUUUGUAAUGAGAGAUCGAAUCUGUCUGGCGUCUUUAGACCAUGAGGAUGGCGAUUGUAGUAUUAAUAAUUGCUUAGAAAUAUCUCGUUCAUGUGUCAACAUUGACUUUGUCAAGAAUUCUCCUUAUACGUUUAAAUUGAAUGUAAAACACCCGGAGAAUGAUACCAAUGUUUAUCAAUUGUGCGACAGACAAGACUCGUGGCCAGAAUUUCUACGAUCCUUUGAUUUAUACGAUAACGUUGAAGAAACAAGCAAUAGAAGAGUUCUGCCAAAAGUCACUUUCGAUGAGAUGGAUGAUUAUAUAUCUGAUUCGGAAAGCGAAUGUUCAUCACUAAGCGAAGGCAGCAGUGCAGAUGAUAUUGGCCUACCACGAUAUUUUACACUUCGUGCUGGCCAAGGUCUUGGCACGAUGUCUAUGUAUAAUGUAAAUAAUGCCAUGAUGAUGAUGAAUCCCGGCCAUGUACGCAGACUUAAUAAAGAUACUUCGAAUCGUCGUGGUUCGAUAGACUUUUUAGGCUUACCCUGCAGUGAAUCGGACGAAAGUCUACGGCAUUCAAAUUCUUAUCCGCAGCUGAACUGUAAUACAAAAACAGAGCGAAGUAGAUCUCUGCCAAACCUGACAGAAUUAGAUAAUGUUUUAGUGGAUCAUGAUUUGAGAUAUGGCAGCUUUAAUAAACCAAAACGUAUUGGAUCAGGAUAUAAUAUACAUAGACAUAGACAUAGUGAUGAUGAAAGAACAGCACAAUUCCUGUCAUCAGUGGAGUAUAGAACAGAAUAUGGUAAAAGAAAUGCAAAUAAUCAUAGAGAGCUCUUUCUAAACGAACAAAUACGAAAACUUAUUGCUCAGCCUAGUAGCAUUAAGUUUUGUAAUACUGCUGGAAGAACUCAGGAUAAAAACGAGAAUAAGCUUGAUCCCAUAUGUGAAAGUGUAGCACAGGAACAUUUCGCUGAGCCAAAAUCCCCAACAGAACAGCCUAAAACAAGAGCUAUCGAAGUCAUAGAUUCUGCUGGUGGUAAAUUCAAGCUAUCUUUAAAACGAUUCUGGAAGCGCCGAGACAAACUAACUAUUAACAAGUCUGGAGUUAAGUCGGAUGUGACAGUUCAACAAGAAAACGAUCCGGAACAUGUUGUUUUUAUUAAUAAACUUGCUGUGGAUUAUAAAUGCAACAAUGUACAGUCCAUGCCCAGCUAUGCGGUGUCCAGCGAUAGACGAGGAGGGCUAGGCUCUGAUGUGAGUGGAAAAAAAGAACAAGUAAAUAUAUCUACUGUUACGAAACAAAAAGAUUGCGUCUCCCCAACAGGAGUCCAACAAAAGGAGAAAUCCAAGUUAACUCCAAAUUCCCAGCCAACCUUCACAGGCAAGGAUACGAUCAGAAAGAAAAUUGUUAAGCGUGUUCUUUCUCCUUUCACUAUUCUUCGUUCCGUAUCAGAAGAAGAAAAAACCAUCAACGACCUUCCGCCAACGGAGAGCGCCGGCUACGAAGGGAAGUGUGAUGACGUAUUAGUCGAAGUUCGUCCGAAGAAACUACUCGAUAUGAAUCCUUUAUAUCUUGCUCAAGAACUGUGUCUGAUUGAUAAAGAACUUCUCGUUCGCAUACCUUGGAUUGAAUUAUCCACUUGUGGCUGGAUGACAAAACACAAGUACCAACGUUCUCCAAGUGUCAUGGCAAUGGUGGAGUUUUUUAAUCGCAUUGCUCUUCUUGUUGCUUCGGAAAUAUUGUUCGAAGUUGAUCCUCAGAUGCGAGUUCGUGUUAUCUCUAAAGUUAUUCAGGUCGCUAACAAACUUCGUACAAUGGGUAACUUCAACUCCCUAAAAGCACUUCUGGGUGGUUUGCAAUGCACGCCAAUCUACCGUCUCAAGGAGACUUGGAAAGAAGUGUCUUCAAAACGGAAAAAGCACUUCCGCGAGCUGUCAAAGCUAAUGAGCGAGGAAGAUAACUUCGCUGCGUAUAGAAAUGAGGUGGACAAUCUGAUGAACCAGAAAUCCCCGUGUCUACCAUUUCUCGGUGAUUUCCUGACGCAGAUUGCCCAGACGCAAACGUACUUGGCUUGUCGCAAGAAGAAGAGCCCUGAACCUCCAAAGAAUCGGAAUUCCUCCACAACAGAAAGCGACGCGAGCCCGACAACACCAACACCUCAGAGUAUCGUGAAACAGUCGUCAAGAGGGAAGACGCCUUCUCGAACGAGUUUGGUUAAAAGGCGAAGUACCUCGGUUAAAGUCAAUGAUGUCCGCUUUUCCAAGUCUUCCCCAAACCUCCCCGCGUCAUGCACUCGGACUCCCGAGAGACCGUCUCAUUAUCGUUCUACUCGAUUCCGAAGAUGUCGGAGUUGGCAGCACAGUAACGAUAGCGGAAUACAAGUGAACAAUAGCAAUAACUCCAGUUUGUCUGCAAGCUCAGCGUCUUUCUUGACCAGUAAUACGUCACUGGGUAGCGGUACGUUUGGAUUUCACCAAAAAAAUGGGACGACCGACGAUCGCUCCGGGAAUUCAAAACAACAGAACCUCGGCAGGUCUACAAGUACACCGACAUCCGUUAAGAAUUCUAUGAAAUUAAAACUUCGUCGUAAUCAAAGUGUUUCCGACAAGUGUCUGGCGAACUCUGACAGUGGAACUAGUUUAAAAACAAAACUUUCAUUCAUGCGUUCGUUUCGACGAAGUAAAAGCAUGGAUCAGUCACCAUCCAGUGCUGAGAGUAUACAGAGAUUGUAUACUGCUAGAACGGAGAACGGAGGAAGUCCUGGAAAGACUCCUGACGUGAAAGACUCUGGUCGCGUUCCUGAUGCCAAAGACACUGAAGAAACAGGUACGGAACUACAGCUCUGGCAUUUCCAUGUUGCUGCGAUCCAAUACAGCUUCCCUAGUCGAUCUCCUGUCAAAGACUUUUUGCUUUCAACAGCAUUUAACUCUGAAGAGGACAACUACAAACUGUCGUUGCAGAGAGAACCGCCUGCCAAGAAAUCUUCUCCAUGAGCAGAUUUUUUAUUUCGCCGUAAAUAUGGCUGCAAAGAGUAUAUAUAUAUUGAGAUAUAUGCAUCAUAUUUGAUGUGUGAUAUAGAGUAUAUAACUUGUAUUUCAACGCAGAGUAUGUAUGUUCACUCUUAAAGAGUUUGGCCUAUUUGUAAAUAUUUGGUUUUAAAAUAUCUGUAUUUCAGGAAUGCCGGGGCAAAUAUUUUAACUCCGUAUAAUAAA